AUGAGCGUAGGAGUUGAUUAUGACCUUAUUAACUGGCUAACUGAAAUAACUGAACCACCAAUAUUGAAAAAAGUUUCUUACGAAUUACUGGAGUCUUUCUUCAACCAAGGAGAAGAAAACCGUAUAGCUUUCUUGCUUUUAUCUUGUCACACCCAGGCCGUCGAGAGGGCAGUAAAAACUGUGAUUGAAGCUGCGGGAGUCUUGGGUUCAAAAUCAGCACGUGAAGGUUUUAUAAAAACGCAGACUGAGCCUCGCAAACUUAUGUCUAAAUUUUGA